AUGGACUAUAGGGACACCAAAGAGCAAUUGAUCGAGACCAAAGAAGGUACUCCAGACUACAAGCUAGACUAUGGACCGCUACCACGAGAUACUUUCAUAAGUAAACUAUCGUGGAGACUAGAAGUUGGAAAGUGGACCUAUGCGACUGUUUUGUUGACACUAAUAGCAUAUGGUACGCUCGUUAUGUUUGGCUUCUGGAUCGACAUAGGUGCAGGAAUGGUCGUUUCAAUUGUGGGCUCUGUUCCCACACUUGUGCUAAUAGCACAUAUCAUUGAAUCAUCUGAAAAAGGGUGGAACGACAGAAGCGUACGUAGCUGGAUGGUGGAGAUAAUAAAUAUCAACCCGGGAGAGGAUUUGAACAAGUGGGAUUUAAUUGCUGCCAAACUGAACAUUAUUCUUCACGAAAAUGGCGAAACGGCCACCAGGUAUUAUUUCUACGACGGGAGACACUGUCUGUUCAGAUUUACCGACAAAUAUGCCACAUCAAAUUCGGAAAACUUUGGAGAGCGGUCUCGCUUGGCCGUGCCCUUCAUCAAAGCUGCCGUGGAUCAAUACAUGGAGCAUAUCGACGAGCAGUUCCGGCAAGUGACACUGGGUAGUUCCUCUGGUAGAGUCAAGGAUGCCCUUCAAGAUGUUGAUAAGAAAGCAAAAUGA